UUGGCGGUUAAUUUUUUUUUACCACUACCACCAUCCAAGCCACCAUCUACUAGAUAGGCAGGCAAGGGCCAAGGCGUCAUACCAUCUAUACCAGGAAAAUCAACCCAAUAAGGCCUUAAGGGAAGAUUUUGGAAAACCUAAAGCUAGAGCCUACAAUAUUUAGGGUGGUGGUUCAGAGAAAAAUUCCAGUGUUUAUCAGUACACAAUGGCUGCAACAUUCGAAGAAAAAUGCCAACAAUACUUUGGAACCACCGAUUUUUAUGAAGUUCUUGGUCUGAGUAAAGAUGCCAGCGCAAAAGCCAUUAAAAAAGCAUACCACAAGCUCUCUCUCCUGGUGCAUCCUGAUAGAGUCGACCAACAUCAUAAAGAAGUCGCAACUGAAAAAUUUAAAGUGCUUGGCAGAAUCCAUUCCGUUCUCCAAGAUAAAGACAAGAGAAAGAUCUACGACGAUUCUGGAGAUUUUGAUGAAGAAGGAGAUGUCGCGUUCAACUGGAAAGAGUACUGGCUAUCCAUGUUCAAGCCAAUCUCAUUAAGCGACAUAAAGAAACAUGAACAAGAAUAUAUCGGAUCGGAAACUGAGAAAAGAGACAUCAAGAGGGCAUAUGAGGGUAGUAAAGGAAAAAUGGAUGAUAUAUUGGAAAUGGUGCCAUUUAGCAACUGCGAGUCAGAACCAAGAAUCAUUGAAAUAGUGAGGGAAAUGGUAGACAAUGGUGAGGUUGAAGAAUAUGAAAGAUUUUUUAAUGAAAAUAAAACGCAAAAACUGAGAAGGAAAAGGAAGUGGGAAAAAGAAGGAAAGCUAACGGAACAGAUUGAUAUGGAAGAGAUAGAGAAAGAAAUUCAAGCUAGGAAGAUGAAACACGCUGCCGUCUUUGCCGAUAUGAUAUCGAAUAUUGAAAAAAAAUAUGUACAUAAAAAGGCGAGAAAGUCUAUCGAGGAUGGUACAAAAAAGAAGAGAACCACUAGACAGAAGUAAUUCUGGAAAUGUAGCAAACAAGUCUGUUCAAUCAAUGUUGAUGCAUAGAAGUUUUGAAUUGAAUAUAUUUUUUUUUUGUUUAUUGCAAAAUACAUUUAAUUAUAAGUAAGUAUUGUCAUUGAUAGCACUUGACUAGCAUCAUAAUUUCACAUAAGUAAUACAACAUUUUUUCAAACUAUCUAAAGUAGCACUAUUUUUUUAAUUUAGAGGAAGUUCAUUUUGAUAUUUUAGUCCAAGUAAAAAUUAUUAGCUGAAUAAGUGUUAUGUGUAUGGACGUCUUUAGCAAACUUGCAGUAUACCUACUAUAGUUGAAUUUUGACCGUUAUUUUCACCAGUUGAAAAAUAAAAUCCCCAGAUCUGUCCCUUUUUCUGUCAACUAUCAAAUAAUGAUAUAGUAUUUUUGAUACCUAUUUAGAAGUACCUGUCGUUUUAGUGACAAAACGUAUGUCGCUUCUUGACACACAAAUAAAAUGAGGUUAGGAAUUUCCUAUUUGUAGAUGAAAUUGACGUAUUAGCAAUCGACGUUCGUUUUUGUUGGUAAUUUUUUGUUUCAUCUGAUUCGUGAUUGAUAAAUAAGGAUGGGGUUAUUCUAAAUGGGUAUUACAAAUGCUAUACAUGACAUUUCGAUUUUUUUUUUUAUUUGUCAAGCACAUUGUGUUUAUUACAUUACAAUCUAGUUAGUUUCGAUUUCGAUUUGACAUAAAAAUAUCAUAUUCGGAUCUUUGAAUUAUGAAUUUCGAAUUUUUGUGUGAAAUCGUUUCAGGUUUUUGACGUUUUCUGCAUUAUUUUUUGAUAUUUUGUUAUAUUUGCAAUCGGUCUUUUGGUUUUUUAUGUAGUGUUCUGUGCCUUUAUGUUUCGGUGCUGCGUUUCAAACCUGGUAUAUCACUUUUCUAAAUACGACCCUUGUCGUUCAUUCCAGCUGGCGGAAUCGAAGCGCUAACGCAUGCUCGCAACCUAAAGAAAAAGUUACUAGAAAUGUCAACGCGAACUGUCAACUUCACUUUCUAUCGUGAUUUCAACUAUAUAACCCAGUAUUCUUGAAACCUUAUUUUUUUUUUGCAAAGUAAUAAGGUGGGUUUAUAAAAAAAAAUUAACACUUAAACUAAUUUGAGAAAAUUAACUUUUAACUAAGAAUUUAAACAUGUGCUUAAAGUUCGUUUCACCAGGGUUCAUACUUGACCUUGAAACUUGACAAAAAAGGGUUGUCGUAGAUUAAUUCAUAUGACACAUUCAAUUUUUUUGACAAAUUAAAAUGAAUGACGUCUGGUUUAAGAACCGACGAACGUUUUUGACGUCAUUGAUUUGUUUCAGUCAAUUUUUAUUUGUUAAACAAGGAAGACAAAUGCUGGUGGCAAGUACAAACCCUGGUGAAACAAACUUUAUGUAUUCUUAAUUCUAGUUGAUAAGUCUUAAUUUUUUUUUAUGAACUGCUAUAUUACAUACCUAUCAUAAUCUCAACUAUUUAAGUUAAAUGUUAAUUCUUAGUUUAACUGCUAAUUUUUUUUAUUUUUAUAAACCCACCAUUAUAUAAAUUUCAACUAGAGUUCCUCCACCUUUGAGAUGAAAGUUACCCUAGCUCUUCAACUAAUGUGGCAUGAUGUGCAGAAAAUUUUUAACGAUCAGAAAUGCAUCCCUUUAAAUUCACAAAAGUUCAACAGCUGAAACCGACUGAUUACCAACGUCAAAUUCGAUAUUAAGAGACACUUCUGACACACUUAUGAGUAUCUAAACUUUCUAAAAAAAAAUUAAUAUGGACCGAUGAAGUUAAAUUUUCUAGAGAAGGUAUUUUUGAUAGGAGAUCCACAUGCGGUCAAGGACAAAAAGAUCCCAAACCCCCAGUUGCAACAAAAUAGGUUGUGACAGUAUUUUUUCUACUACCUCACGUAAAGUACUCACUUUAUGCACUAUUGCGAAGACGUUAAAUUUCACUUCACACACUAGUGCGUAAAGCGCGUAAAGUAAUGUCAAUGACAGAUGUCGACACUGUCAAUUUAGUAUUUUUCUUUUUCUGGUAAAUUACUAGUGCGUGAAGUAUUUGUCUAAAUUUAUUUUUCUCACAUAUUUUAUUGAUAGUAGAAAAAAUGUUGUAUGCAAUAAGUGUGUACAGAACCGUUUUUUACUCAUGUGAUUGUCGCACGUCACAUUCGUGAAAAAAAGUUCAUGUAACACUUGUUACUGCUAUUUAAUAAGACAUAAUUUUUAAAUUCCUAAUAAAAUUCUUACAGAA